AUGGAGCUCCACCACCUUGCUAGGAAGAGCAGCCAGGCAGCUUUGUGUGAUGCUGUAGACUGGAGUCCAGGAGGGUGUCCCGCUGACCAGGCAGAUGCAGCAGCCAUCAGAGCUGCCCUCUGCUGCCAGAGACACUGCACAUCGACACCUAGAGCAGCCGAGGGGGAAGGCUCUAAACUUAGCCCUUCUCCAGCAUCCCCCUCCUCCUCUCUGCAAGACAGUGUCAUUCAGCCAGACUCCAUCCCACCAGGACCUCUCAACUCAGGGAACAACCAACUAACAGAACAGAAAGUCUGCGAUUGCUGCAGCCAGGAACUAGAAACUUCUUUUACCUAUGUAGAUGAGAAUGUUAACUUGGAGCAGAGGAACCGGAGCUCCCCUUCAGCAAAAGGGAGUCAUCACCUGGGAGACCUUGGCUGGGGAAAUCCAAAUGAGUGGUCCCAUGAGGCUGCCAUAUCCUUGAUAUCUGACGAUGAAGAUGACACAAGUUCGGAAACCACGUCUUCAGGGAAAUCUGUAGACUAUGGUUUCAUCAGUGCCAUCUUGUUCUUGGUCACUGGCAUCUUGCUGGUGAUCAUCUCUUACGUUGUCCCACGGGAAGUGACUGUGGAUCCCAACACCGUGGCAGCCCGGGAGAUGGAACGCCUGGAGAAGGAGAGCGCAAGGCUGGGGGCGCACCUGGACCGGUGUGUGAUUGCCGGACUCUGCCUGCUUACUCUUGGGGGGGUUGUUCUGUCCUGUUUGCUAAUGAUGUCUAUGUGGAAGGGGGAGCUGUAUCGGCGCAACAGGUUUGCCUCUUCCAGAGAGUCUGCAAAACUCUAUGGUUCUUUCAGCUUCAGGAUGAAAACCAGCAGUAAUGAAAACACCCUGGAACUGUCCUUAGUAGAGGAAGAUGCUCUGGCUGUACAGAGUUAG